AUGAUUGAGACCUGUGUUGUCCUUGCUGUACUUCUGAUGGCAGGUUCCAAUGCAAGACAGUGCGAAGCUGGUGAGUCAAGUCCACAUGUGUUUGUGGGGAGUUCAAAAGGCCUUUGUUCCGGCACACUCAUCGAGGACGGGACAUGGGUGCUCACUGCAAAACACUGUGGUGAUGAUGAGCAUGAUGCCAUUAAGAUUAAGCACUUUGACGUGUUCAAGGACCCAUCUGAUAAAAAGAAAAUUCUGAAUGAGGAAUCAAAUGUGAAGAGACUUGGUGCUGCUGACAUCAUGCUGCUGAAGUUAGGCAAUAAAGCCAAGAUGACUGGUGCUGUUCCACUUCCUUCAGAUGAGAAGUGUGACGCUGUAUGCAAAAAUUUCGCCAACAAGGCUAAAAUAAAAACAGUGCUUGUUGGCAUCAAUGUGGACACCCUUCCAGAUUUUAAGGUGCUAUGUGCUCCGGUUGAAAUGAUAGAAUGCCAGCGUGACUAUCAUGAUGAUGGAGUGAGUUACAUUAGUGCAACGGUCAAUUGCGAGGCUUGCGAUGGAGACUCUGGAGGACCUGUCUUUAUUGACAAAGUCUUCAUGGCAAUUCAUAGCUAUCACAGGAAAGCCAAUGACGGGACCCCAAUAUCAAUUGAUAUAGAUGCCUGUGCUUACAAACCAUGGAUUAAAAAACAGAUAGGUAAAACUGGUCCCAUUUCAUCAGAAGUCCAGUGUUACUAUCACAUAGAGUUUUUGUUGCCGUUGUAA